UUCAAUUCAUCCACUUCGACCUGAAUCGCGGUCAUAACAAACAAUUCAAUCACUUUUUCCGGGAAAAUAUGCCAUCCCUUGGUGCUAUCGUCAAAUUUCAUGUACUUGUUGGUCUCUGUGCAAUAUCCAUUUACUACUGGAAACCAGGUCUAAUUAACAAAACUAAAGAGUUCGUGCUAUCUCAGUUGAAAAGUCCCCAAACAAGCCCACCUUCAACGUGGACAGCUUCCGACCUGAAAUUAUUUACGACUGACGAGUUAGCGAAAUACGAUGGUAACGUGAAUGAAGAGGAAAUCUACGUUAGCAUCCUCGGAUCUGUGUACGACGUCACGCCGGGGAAGAACUUCUACGGCAGAGGAUGCGGCUAUGCGUUCUUCACAGGGAAGGAUGCGUCGGUGUCUUUCGUCACAGGCGAAUUCGAGAAGUUCACUCCUGAUUCAGACGAUGUGGCCGCCUUGAAACCGGCCGACAUUUUAGGUAUUCUGCAGUUCAAGGAGUUCUACGACACGAAGUAUGUUCUCAAAGGGAAACUUAUAGGAAGAUUUUACGAUGAGAACGGAGAACCAACUGAAUAUUUUAGGAAAGUCGAAGCGCUAGCAAAAGUGGGUGAAUAUGAGAAAGAACAGAAAAACCGGAAACUAGAAGAAUUCCCUCCGUGCAAUAUUGAGUGGACUGCGGAGACAGGCACUCGCGUGUGGUGCACUGCGGAGAGCGGUGGAAUCCGCCGCAAUUGGAUAGGCGUUCCGAGGAAGUAUUUCGAGCCAGGCCAGACUUCGUUCCGCUGUGCCUGUGUCAAGCCCGAACAACUCAGCUCUCCCCUCUUGAAACCGUACGAGGAUUGCAAAGACGACGCCGUGGAGUGCUUUUAUAAUCUUGAUUGAUUGUUAUUGAUAAGUUUUAAUUAGCACAUUCCUUUUACAGUAUAUUUAUACGUUGCAAUGUUAAAUAAAUUUAUUCUACUAGA